UACGGUUACCAUGGAGACGUCGGCGGGCCGGGCUAAGCGGGAGCUCAGGAGGGCGACCCGGUGAGGAUGCUGCCGCCGGGCCGGGCCCUGGCCUGGACCUGUGGUCCAGUGGGCAUUGCCGGGAGUAUGGGAGCCGCUAUCUGCGCGGGAGGGUGUGGUGUCUGAAAACCAUCUUACUUUGAAAAGGAAAGAUGCUGUCUUCAAAUGAUAAGAAGUUAGAGAAAAUGGAUCCAUUUUACCGACCUUCAGUGUCCAAGCAGAAGACCAGUGCAGAAAUCAUAAGUGAAGCACGAAAUGCAUUAAGAACAGUUAGAACCCAAAGACCAUUUACACCCCAGGAAGACCAAAGGAAACUAUUUGGACCUGCAUCAUCAAGAACACCAGAAAAUAGGCCUCCUUCAUCCUUCAGCCUCCAUGCAUCCAGUUUUGAGUCAUCUGAUUGCAGGCCCAUCUCUGGCACCCGUCUCAGUCCACUCGAGCUGAAACCGAAAGCUCCGCCAUCGCCCACCGCAGAGGAGGAUCCCUGCCUUUCCUUCCCGCAGCCUCCUGUGGACCCCGCGAAGAUUAGAAGAAUAAGCAGUGCCCGGGCGCGCUUAUUCAGGGCAGCCUCCCAGGGGGCUCUUCUGCCGGACAGAUCCCUCCCUCCUGCCGAGCUGAAGAAGACAGUGAAAUCCAAAGAAACAGUUAUGAUGGGGGAUUCAGCAGUAAAAACAAAUGGGAUUUGUUUAACAGAAUCCAAUGCCAUUGGCCAUUUAAAGAGCCACCCGCUUCAGCUAACUUACGAUGGAGGCUUCAGAGAAGUCCAAGAGCAGGAAGUACUGAGAGGAACAUCCUUACCAUCUCAUCUGAGAAGUGGAGGGGACCAGGGGAAGAGGCGUGCCAGGGCCUCCUCGUGCCCCAGCAGCUCGGACCUGAGCAGAUUGGAAACCAAAGCAGUCUCAAAAGCCGACUUGCAAGAAAAGGCUACAGAAAUAGAAGUAGACGAAGUCUUCUGGAACACAAGGAUUGUACCAAUUUUGCAUGAAUUAGAAAAGGAAGAAAACAUUGAAACGAUUUGUGCCACUUGCACAGAACUUCAUCACGCUUUAGAGGAAGGAAACAUGCUUGGGAAUAAAUUUAAGAGAAGAAGUAUUCUCCUGAAGACCCUCUAUAAACUAGUUGAUGUUGGUUCCGACUGGCUCAGCCUUAAACUUGCAAAAAUUAUCCUAGCACUCAAAGUGAGUAGAAAGAAUCUUCUGAACGUCUGCAAACUUAUAUUUAAAAUUAGCAGGAGUGAGAAGAACGAUAAUCUGAUUCAAAAUGAAAACAUUCUGGAAUCACUGUUGGAGGUCCUGCGAAGUGAAGACCUGCAGACUAACAUGGAAGCUUUUUUGUACUGUGUGGGGACUAUCAAAUUCCUAUCUGGAAAUCCAAGGUUUCUUAAUGAAAUGAUCAGCAAAGGUGCUCUGGAAAUAUUGGCACAUUUAAUAAGGCAAAUGAAUGAAAACAUCAAGAAAUAUGGUACCUGUUUGCCUAAUUCAGGCCACUUGUUAGUCCAGAUAACUGCUACCUUGAGAAACUUGGUCAAUUCACCACAAGCAAGGAGCCAGUGUCUGGGUGAUGGGACCUUUCCCCAGCUCUGUACAGUGAUGGAACAGUACAUGGACGACAAGGACGUCUGUACUAAUAUUGCCAGAAUAUUCAGCAAACUAACCUCUUACCAUGACUGCUGUACAGCACUGGCCAGCGAUUCCAGAUGUUACGCCUUAUUUUUGAAUCUGAUGAACAGAUACCAGAAGAAGCAGGAUUUAGUCGUUCGAGUUGUUUUUAUCCUUGGCAACCUGACAGCGAAAAACAACCAGGCCCGGGAAUGCUUUUCCAAAGAGAAAGGGAGCAUCGGAACUCUGCUGUCCUUAUUCCAGACAUACCAGCAGCCGGGCCUGCUCCCCGCCAGGCCUGAGCAGUCCGCCGGGCCCAGGCUGCCGUCGGAGGCGGAGGACGUGCUCGUCAAGCUGACCCGCGUGCUGGCCAACAUCGCCAUCCACCCGCGCGUGGGCCCUGCGCUGGCCGCAGACUCGCGCGUCGUGGGCCUGCUGCUGACCACGCUGGAAUCAAAGUCACUUGAUGACUCUGAGGAGCUGGUGAUCAACACUACAGCAACAAUCAACAAUUUAUCUUUCUACCAAGUGAAGAAUUCCAUAAUCCAAGACAGAAAGCUAUACAUUGCUGAAUUGCUCUUAAAACUUCUUGUAAGUAAGAACAUGGAUGGUAUCCUAGAGGCUUUGCGUGUUUUCGGAAAUCUCUCCCAGGACCACGACAUCUGCGAUUUCCUUGUGCAGAAUAACGUGCACAAGUUCCUGAUUGCGCUGCUGGAUGCCAAGCACCAGGACCUUUGCUUUUCUGCCUGUGGUGUUCUCCUCAAUCUCACUGUGGAUAAAGACAAGCGUGUUGUCCUCGAGGAGGGAGGUGGCAUUAAAAAGCUAGUGGAUUGCUUAAGAGAUUUUGGCCCUACCGAUUGGCAGCUGGCCUGCUUGGUGUGCAAAACUUUAUGGAACUUCAGUGAAAAUACCAGCAAUGCUUCGUCAUGUUUUGGAGAUGAAGACACCAACACACUCUUAGUCCUCCUGGCGUCAUUUUUAGAUGAAGAACUCGCACUGGGUAGCAGUUUUGAUCAAGAUCUAAAAAAUUAUCACAAGCUUCACUGGGAAACGGAAUUCAAGCCUGUGGCCCAGCAGCUCCUAAACCGGAUUCAGAGUCGCCGCACCUUGCUGGAACCUCUGCCCGCCCCUUCUUUCUGAUCACAGACACAAGGGGUCCAGCCCCCCUCAUUCUCAAGGAGAGAUAACAAAUGUGAACUUUUUUAGUAUUAAAGAAAUACUGAAAGUUUUUAAAGUACAGAUUGUAGUGAAUAGUAUUUUAAAAUAAAUAAGCAUUUCUUCUUAUUAGGUAUUAUGGAAAAAAUGAAUAUACAUGUUAUUUAUUGUGAGAAAUGUAAGAUGAAAAUAUGUACAUUUUUAAAAAUAAAUGACUUUUUCUCCUAUUCUCUAA